AUUACAAGGCACAAUGACAGACAUGACGGACUAUUCGCGACCUGUAACGCCAGAAAACGGCACCAAUGGCAUCAUGACGCCUCGCACGCCCAAGCAGACAGGCCUCGCCCUCACAGAGUACACGGCAAACCCGAGUCCGCCGUCCGAGUCACCAAAACCCAGGCCCAACAGUGUCAUACCAGAAGCGUUUCUGCUGCCCAAUGGCUAUCCUGAUUAUCUCCGCCUCAUCCUCACCUCGCGCGUCUACGAAGUCGUCCAAGAAACCCCCCUCACACACGCAACGAACCUGAGCAACCGACUGGAGUGCAAGGUGUUACUCAAGCGCGAGGACCUGCAGCCCGUCUUCAGCUUCAAAUUGCGCGGCGCAUACAACAAGAUGGCUCACCUGGACCCCAAGGAUAGGUGGAGGGGUGUCGUAGCCUGUAGUGCUGGAAAUCACGCCCAGGGCGUCGCCUACUCUGCGCGAACGCUCAAGAUCCCCGCCACCAUCGUCAUGCCCUUGGGUACCCCAGACAUCAAGCACAAGAACGUCUCGCGUCUGGGCGGCUCCGUCAUCCUACACGGUGCCGACUUUGACGGUGCCAAGGUCGAAGCUGCGCGACUAGAGAAGCUGCAUGGUCUGGUGUCGAUACCGCCCUUCGACGAUCCCUAUGUUAUUGCUGGUCAGGGGACAGUGGGCAUGGAGCUACUGCGGCAAACAAAUCUGCAGAAUCUCAAGGCCGUAUUCUGCUGCGUGGGCGGCGGGGGGCUCAUAGCAGGCGUGGGCAUCUACAUCAAGCGGAUAGCGCCGCACGUCAAGAUUAUUGGCGUGGAGCAGUACGACGCAAACGCCAUGGUUGAGUCGCUCAAGGCAGGCAAGCGCGUCUUCCUGAAAGACGUCGGCCUGUUCGCAGACGGUGCAGCGGUCAAGACUGUGGGCGAAGAGACGUUCAGGAUAUGCCAGGAGGUAGUCGACGAAGUAGUCCAAGUUACAACAGACGAAACCUGCGCCGCCAUCAAAGACAUGUUCGAAGACACUCGCUCCAUCGUCGAGCCCGCUGGCGCCCUCGCCCUCGCUGGCCUGAAGAAGUGGGUCAGCCGCAACCCGUCACCAGACCGUGAGCGUGAGCUCGUCGCCGUUGCGAGUGGGGCCAACAUGAAUUUUGACCGCCUUCGCUUCGUUGCAGAGCGAGCAGCCAUUGGCGAGAACAAGGAAGCCCUUCUAUCCGUCACUAUUCCUGAACAGCCAGGCGCAUUCGCAAAACUCGUCAACGUCAUCCACCCCAUGGCCGUCACAGAGUUUAGCUACCGCUACUCCGGCCCCAACCAAGCCACCAUCCUCGUCGGCGUCGAACUCAAAGCCGCGACGCGAUCGCGUGAUCUCCCCGAUUUGAUCGCACGCCUCGGUGCUGAAGGCAUGACCGCUCACGACCUCUCGCAAGAUGAGCUGGUAAAAUCACACAUUCGAUACCUAGUCGGUGGCCGCAGCAAUGCCGAUGACGAACACCUCUACAUGUUUGAGUUCCCCGAGCGGGGAGGCGCGCUGUACAAGUUCUUACACACGCUGCAACCGGGCAUGAACAUCAGCCUCUUCCAUUACAGAAAUUAUGGGGGUGAUGUUGCCAAGAUAUUAGCAGGUAUCCAGUGCAAGCAGGAGGAGAGUGGCAAGUUGGCGAGCUUCUUGCAGGAUAUCGGAUAUCCGUACAAGGAGGUCACGGAUAGCCCUAGCUACAAGACGUUCUUAAGGGAUUGAUUAUAGCUUGAGAGUGAGGAGAUUUAAUGAUAGAAUAGACAGAUACCCGGCUCAUUCAUGCAC